UGGAAUCAUUUAUUCCUUUAUUUCUUCAGCUACAAGAAUGGAUUGCUGAGUUAAUUUGUGUUUUUUUGUUGUAAAAUUUUUCGAGGUUUUGCCUCUUGACCUCUGAUUCUGCCUUGUUUUUUUGUUCUGAAUGUACUGUUAUUGGACCUGUGGUUUAUCCAGUGUGUGUUUUAUGUGUCUGGUUAAAAAUCCCCCCAUCUCUUGAAUCAUCAGUUGAAGCAAAUCAACCCUUUUUUUAUAUUAUAUAUUUUUUUGCUCGCUUUCUUCUCACACAUUCUGUUCAUAUCUUAAUUCUAUCUCUAUCUCUCCCUACUCGCAACCAUCUCUCUCUCUCUUUACAUUUCACCACUCUCGUGUUGUUUUGAGCAACAAAAAUUACAAAUAAGAUUACAUCAAAGUGUAGUGGUUCCUUCUUUUUGAAAUAAUAUCUCUGUGUUUAUAUUAUUGUAUGUUUAUUUGAAAAAAAGAGAGAAAAAAUUCAUUUCUCCUUCUCUCUCAAUCUUCUUUCUCCUCUCUCUAUCACAUACACACACAUAACACAUACACGCAUUACACACACUGCUCUCUUUACUUCUUUUGUUUUGCCCUUUGUGAUACUCAGUUGUUAACCAAAAUAUAUAUAUAUCUAAGGUGUGUUGUGGUGUUGUUUUUUUAAUUACUUGUGAGUGUUGGUUGUUUUUCUUCUCCUGUGUGUGGUGAUUGUGAAUAAGAGAGAGGGAGAGAUUUUGAGAGAGAAAGAGUGGAGAAAACGAGAGUUUUUAAAGAUAGAGAAGGGAGAGAAACAAGAGAUAGGUUGGUUGGUUGGCCGUAGCUCUUUGAGGUUAUUCCUUGUCAAAGAGUGAGAUGAGCUAUAACAUUGCCACCCUUUUGGAGGCCGCUGAAUACCUGGAGAGACGUGAAAGAGAAGCGGAACAUGGUUACGCGUCAACUGUACCACCUAAAUAUGAUCUCAAAAGUAAUUCUAAGUUAUCUAAAUUAAAAAAAUCUCAAGGCAAUAGAUCAACUCAUAAUGAAUUGGAGAAAAAUAGACGCGCACAUCUACGAAGCUGUUUGGAAUCCCUUAAAAUUCUGGUUCCUCUGGGACCUGAGGCCACUCGCCACACAACUCUCGGACUUUUAAAUAGAGCUAAAGCCUUCAUUAAGAAUCUGGAGGAGAAAGACAAAAAACAGCAAUUUCAAAGGGAACAAUUGGUUCGGGAACAGCGAUAUCUUUUACGGCGUCUAGAUCAACUCCAAGAGCAUCUAAGGAACAGUACAAGCACGCACAGAAUUCGAAGUAUUAGUGAAUCCAGUUCUGGCAUCUCUUCCGCUUCCAAUUCACCGACUUCUGAAGUUGAAAAACUGUCGUAUUUUUGUCAAGACUGAUGAUGAAUAAGGAAAACUAUCCAUCGUGAUAGGAGUUGAGGAUUGAUAAAAGCAGAAUCAACACAAAGAUUAUAAAUAUAUUAUAUAAACAACGCAAGAAGCAAGAAACCAGCACCGCCAUCAUCAUCAGUAUCAACAACUUUAUUACAACAAAACAAAACAAAACAUCAACAUCAAUCAACAAUUUUAACAGGACAAGUCCAAGAAUUGCUUUUACAGUUUUCUUCAUCUUUUCUCCCUCUUAUCAAUAUCUCUCUUCAUCUACCUUUGCCAACUCUUACUUUCUCUCUCCUACCCUUUAACGGAAAUAAAAGGUAUCAAGGAUGCCCAAAGCAAAAUUAUACAAAAAACACACAUCCAACCAUCAACAGCGAAAGCACACUCAGUGAGCAGCGUUGAACACAAAACAUACGUUAAAGGGAAAUCAUCAUGAAGCAAAUGAAGAAGGACUUUGGAUAAAUUAUAUAUAAAUAUAUUUAAAGAAGGAAAAUCGUCAAGAAAACUACAAAACAACAACAACAAAAAAACACUUAUUACUAUCAACAAAAGGCAUAGCAAACAGAGAGAGGGAGAAAUGGAGCGUUUAAAAAGUGACGAAGGAAAAGACUGACUUCCUCGUGAGUUACUCAGGAAAAAAAGAGUUAUCGACGUUAUUUAUGGUUAUACUUUUUAAGUCAACGUUAUUUAAUUUAAUCAACACCCAGUCAAAUUAUCCAGAUUGAUCCUGAUGAUGACGGUGGCUUUAUAUUUUAAUCCACAUUUUGAAAAAUCAUUUCAUCACAAAAUAACAAAGCACAAACAAAAAAAACAAGAUUUUAGGAGAAAUGCAUCAACAAAAUCAACAUUCAAAAAAAGCAAAAAAUCGCAAGAUGAAGAAAACACCAAAAACAUGUUCAAUGUAUUUAAUCUCACUGUUCUUCUCAUCAUUCUCAUUCACACGCUUACAUUAGUUUUCUGGUAAACUAGGCACUUUCAUCAACUUAUUAUUUGAGUGUCCCAUUUUUAUUUGUGCUGUGUAUCAUAGUCAUUACCAUCACCAACGCCAUUAACAUCAUCAAAUUACAAAGCUUACAACAAACCAAGCAUCGAUGACAUCGCUUAACCUGAACAUUUUACCAACAAGAACGUCGAUAUUUCCUCUUUUUUUUCGCAUUAUGCAAACACUUCAUUCUCUCUCGUUUUAUUGUCUUUCUUUUCUCUCUCUCUUCUCUCUCUCUGUCUUUCUUAAAUAUCAAAAUUCCUUUAUUAUAAUCUAUUUCUCUUUCUCUUCUUACUUUCACUCGCUAUUUCUCUUUCUUCUCUGUGUCUAUCGCUCAUCUCAUGCCAAGAUCAUUGUAAUUAUGUGUACUUUCUCGUUUAGGAGCAAAAAACGAAAAAAACCAACAAAGUCCUCAGUUUCGAUUGAACGUAAACUGCUGGACGACACCCACAAUCAAUUUGAAA